AUGGCAAUUCGAGAUCACAAACACCAUGUGACGAGGUUAAGGCAUUCCAGACAUCUAGAUCUGCCGUUGUAUUCAUCCUUCACGCCAGCGACGUCACCGAAGCUUGCUGUGAAGGACAACCACAAGCCUCUGUUCACGGAGUGCCUUAAUUAUAGGCCAACAUUGAAAGAGGAACAGCCCGUGGGAACCUAUGUGUUUACGGUACACGCAGUAGAUCGAGAUCCUCCAGAAAUGGGCGGAACAGUCACUUACAAGUUCGUUUCUACGCCUGGUGAAAAAGAGAGGUUUCACGUUGAUCCCUGGACCGGCAAUAUUACUACAGCUGAUAUAUUUGACCACGAUGAGCCAUCUCGUGAGAAAGAAGCAUAUAUCACAGUACGAGCUAGUGACAAUGGACAACCCCAGCUAGACGACGCGUGUACAAUCAAAAUUCUCAUAGAAGACAUCAAUGACAAUCAGCCGGUCUUCGACAAAGUUGUCUUCCGAGGAGAUGUUUGGAAGUCAUAUUCGGAGUCGGUACCACAAGAUUUACCAAGCGGCCGAGAAGUGAUGCGUAUAUCAGCGACUGACAUCGAUGAUGGAAACAAUUCUAUAGUGCAUUACGAAUUAGAUCCAAACUCGCCUGAUCAAGCAUAUUUCUAUAUUGAUCCAGACAACGGUGUAAUAUUUUUGAACAAAACUAUUGAUAAAGUCCCCGGCUACAAAUUUAAGUUAAGUGCGAUAGUAAAAGACAUGGGGAAUCCACCGCAACAAAGUUCGAUUACUUUAGACAUCCAAGUCGUCGAGUCUAACAAGAAAAGCCCGUCUUUUAUAGAAGUGCCCGAUGAGCCGAUAAGAUUAAAAGAAAAUUACGCAGACUUUAACACGCCAAUAGCUACUGUCAGGGCAAUAUCAAAUAUACCAGAAGAAAAGAAAUUACAAUUUGAAUUAGUAAUGGGACAAACUGAACAAACAAACAAAUGGCACACUUUUGUGUUGGAACCGGAAGCUGACUCAGCUUAUAUUAAACUCGGAAACCACUUGGAUUAUGAAAAAAUAACUGACUAUACAUUAACUGUUAGGAUACAGAAUAACUACAAACUAGCAGCGGAAACUAUAAUUCAGAUUGUCGUAGAAGACGUUAAUGACAAUAUUCCAAUAUUCAGUGAAAUUAGAUCUGGUAGUGUUUUAGAAAACGAACCACCUGGUACUCCUGUUAUGCAAGUGAGAGCAUUUGACGCUGACGGUACAUCAGCUAAUAACCAAGUGACUUACGAAUUAGGAGACCCUUCUGAUCCAUUUGCUAUAGACAGUAUAACAGGAAAUAUUACGACACUUAAAAUGUUCGAUCGAGAAGAAAGAAGUUUUUACAAUAUCAAGAUCAUAGCUACUGAUAAUUCUGAGUCAGCGCUUAUUCCUGGCAAACACAACGCAGGCCAACAAGUUUUUCUAAUAGAAAUCGCGGAUAAAAACGACAACCCGCCUCAUUUCACGCAAGAUACAUACGUAGCUGAGUCAAUAGCUGAGAACGCGAACAUUAAUGAGAUAGUCACACAAGUCACCGCUUUGGAUAUAGAUACCGCAUCCGUGGUCACGUAUAGUAUUGUAGCUGGAAAUACUUAUGACGCAUUCGUUAUACGUAACUUUACUGGUGAAAUUCGGGUCAACAAUGAACUAGACUAUGAAAACAUCACUAGCUACAGUCUAGACGUCAGAGCCUUCGAUGGUCUAUACGAAGAUUACGCUAAAGUGUUAAUCAAGAUCGAAAAUUUGAACGAUAACCCACCUGUCUUCCUGGCCAAUUACACUAAGACUAUUGAGGAGGAAAGACUUUAUGAAGGAUGCAUUGUUAAGGUUGAAGCCUACGAUCCAGAUCUUGACAGAAAUGAACCUCAAAACAUAAUUUACUCAUUAGUCAAGCACGAACAGAAAGAAUUCCUCCAAAUCGACAAUGAUGGUUGUCUCCGUCUCACAAAACCCUUGGAUAGGGACCAGCCAUCGGGUUUCACAAGGUGGCAAAUACUCAUUAUGGCAGCUGAUCAUGGGGGAAGAUUGGGGUCAGAUAGUUUGAGGUCCACUACCGAAGUUAUACUUGAACUAACGGAUAUCAAUGACAACGCUCCGUUUUUGACUAAUACUCAACCAGUAAUUUGGUACGAAAACGAUCCUCCAGGGCAGGUUGUGAUUCUCACGGCAAAGGACUUCGACUCCGCUGAAAAUGGACCUCCUUUCACCUUCGCGCUCAACGAGUCCGUUAGCUUCGAUAUCCGAUCCAAAUUCCAUAUACAAGGCAAUAUACUUUCGACAAUCGUGUCUUUCGAUCGUGAGCAGCGGAAGGAAUACAAGAUACCUGUCGCAAUAACAGACUCUGGCACUCCACGAUUAACUGGAGUUUCGAUUCUGCACAUUGUAAUCGGCGAUAGAAACGACAAUCCAAUGGGUCCCGGAAACAGCGAUAUAUUUGUAUACAAUUACAAGGGUGAAGCACCGGAUACGGAAAUUGGCCGAGUUUUCGUCAACGAUCCUGAUGAUUGGGACCUUCCCGACAAGCGUUUCAUGUGGCUACCUUCAUACGAACAAAGAAGUCCUUAUUUCGAUGUUCAUAGCAAUACAGGCAUGAUCACUAUGAAGGAGGGCACACCUAACGGAACUUACUUGCUACGGUUCAAUGUGACAGAGGAAAACGAACCACUCGUACCUUUCCACUGGGUGGAGGCGACAGUGAACGUGACAAUAAAGGAGAUACCCGAGGAAGCGGUCGACAAAUCCGGAUCGAUUCGCUUCGUGAACGUCACCGCUGAAGAGUUUAUUAUUCCUGAAGCAGAUGGUACGAGUAAAAAGGACAAACUGCAUCGUCGUCUUGCAGAACUAUACAACAAGUCAAUGGACAAUGUUGAUGUUUUCACGGUGUUCAGCAAACUGACAGUCAAAGACGCGUUCCUGGAUGUACGAUUUUCUGCGCACGGGUCACCGUACUUCGAAGCUGAGAAGUUGGACAGUAUGGUGAUUGGGAUUCAGGAGAAGCUGGAGGAGGAACUCCAAGCAAAAAUCUACAUGGUCAAAAUAGACGAAUGUCUGAUAGAAAAGGAACAGUGCGAGGAUUCCUGUCGCAAUGUGCUAAUGAAGAACAAUGUCCCUCUAUCCGUGUACACGAACACUACGAGUUUCGUUGGCGUGUCAGCUAGAGUGGAGUCGGAGUGUACUUGUGACGUUGAAGCGCCGCUCGUCUGCUUAAAUGGAGGUACCCCAUUCGCUGACAAAUGUGAGUGUCCAGAAGGCUGGAAUGGACCCCAUUGUGAACAGACCAGCAUAGCGUUCCACGGAGACGGUUGGGCGAUGUACCCGUCACCACCCGCAUGUCACGAAGGUCACGUCACCCUAACUGUUACGUCACAUAAGAAGAACAGUCUCAUCUUCUACUUGGGACCGUUGAGAUAUAACCCGCUUUUGGAUGUUCAAGAUUUUAUGUCUUUGGAAUUAGUAGACGGUUAUCCGAUUUUACUGGUCAAUUAUGGGUCAGGGACCACACGUCUCAACAACAGUGUUGUCCACGUAGCUGACGGCAAACCACAUCUAAUCGAGAUUGUCCUCAUGAGAAGCUCCAUCGAAAUGUUCGUAGAUAGAUGCAAGCUGUCGACUUGUAUGAGUCUCGCAGCACCGACGGGACCGAGAGAAAUUCUCAACGUUAACGGUCCACUGCAGCUCGGAGGGUCGAGCGUAGAUUUACAGGCUCUGGCGAGAGCGUUCGGAUGGCGACACGUCCCCACAAAUCAACACUUUAUGGGUUGCAUCAGCAAUUUUACAUAUAACGAUUUUAUGUACAACUUGGGCAGGCCGUCCGUAGAACAUAACGCCGAUCCCGGAUGUCAGAAGAGCGUAUUUACUGCCGUUACUUUUGGCAUCGACACUAACUUCUUAGUAGCCAUCCUCGUCUGCAUCGCUAUUUUGAUAAUUCUCCUCUUAGCAGUAGUAGUACAUCGCAAGCGAGCUGACGCGUGGGCGGAAAAAGAAUUAGACGAUAUCAGAGAAAAUAUCAUCGCGUAUGAAGAUGAGGGGGGCGGUGAAGGGGACGCUGGGUAUGACCUCCACGUGUUGCGGCAGAUGUACGACGGACCCCCGCCAGAUACUGAUGCCACAUUUAUGCAUGCUCCUGGUAUAGUAGGAGCAGCACCGGAUAUAUCCGGUUUUCUGGAUGACAAAAAAUCCGUCCUAGAUAGAGAUCCGGAUAUCAAUCCGUACGACGACGUGCGACAUUAUGCAUACGAGGGAGACGGCAACACUAGCGGAUCUCUUUCAUCGCUAGCUAGCUGUACCGACGAUGAGGAUCUCAAAUUCAACUACCUGUCCACAUUCGGACCUCGUUUCCGCAAGCUUGCGGAUAUGUACGGAGAUUCGGAUGAUGAGAGACCACCGCACGAGGAGUCUUGGUGCUAGCGCCACGCCUGGCUAGUGUAGCCACCCUCCGCGCUAGUGUAGCCAUCCAUUGGCUACGAUAAAAAGGCUUGGCGAGACCAAGUAAGACCAAGCUCAUGAUGCCUUAUUUCUAUUCCGUAUCGAAUCGAGUGAUGUAUCGCGAACCCACCGGACUUUUAAAUUUCGAGCCUGUGAUAAUAACGCGAUGGUUUGUCCAAAAAAAAAUUUAACGGUUGAGUAUCAGAUUGCCAAUCUUGAAUCCAAAAUGUGUUUAUAUAUCGACGAUGAUUUUAGUUGAUUUGUUUUAAACUCUGAGACUUGAUAUAUAUUUUACGUUUUAUUUUCGGAUUUGGAAAUUUGAAUGUACGCUUUAAAAUAUAUCCCUUCUGACUUAGUGAAUAUGGUUGAGAGAACGCGUGUGAUUAGGAUUUGCGGUAUCGUUCUAAAGAAUGAGUGAUCAAAAAAAUUGUAACUUGUAAUAUAUAUGUAAUGACAAAUUGGAAAGAAUUAAAAUGUUAAUGUUUUAAGAAAUGACUGAUUUGUAACAUUAUUUGGGCAUCGUUGUAGAUACGCCUAAAUUAUUUCUUGUAUGUAAUUUUAUAUAUAAGCAUAAGAUCGAAAAUGUAUGUAUGAUCCCGUUACUUAAGGUUUGUUCACACUAUAUGUACCUAAUAUAAUUUUUUUAUAAUUAUUUUUGUAUGAUUGUAAAUUAUUGUGACAAAACGGAUUAAGGUUCUAUAAUACUAGUAUUAUAAUUGGCAGCAUUUAUGUGAGUAAGAACUUUUUUGUAUUUUGAGAUUAAGUGCCAUUAUAUUCAUUAUGUAAUUUUAAGUUUGCGUAUCCAAAAGAAACAUCUUAUGUGUACUCCUCACAUUCUAGUCACUUUGGCUUGAAUUAUUAAGAAAAAUAACAUCAGAAAAAUUAAUAAAAUUAUUUCUUUAUUGUACGUAGUCGCUAAAGUGAAUAGACAUCAGUGCCCGCCCAUGUAAUUUCUAUUGAAUUUAUGCUAUAAUUAUUACAUUGUUAAGUAAUAUUAAGUUUUUUUUUACAAUUUUUUUAACGUAUUUUUAUUUUUGUAUUUUUGCAAAAAAAUGUUACAUACAUAAAGCUCAUUUUGUAAGGCGUCGAUUUCUAAAAAGAAUGUAGUUAAUAAAGAAACAAUAUGAAAAAACAA